UUCUUCAGGUGACCUGCAGUUCUGGCCUACCACCGCGCGGGGGCGCCUGCUGCGGUGUGUGGAGGCGGAUGAGGUUUUGUUUAUCUGAGUUUACUUCCUGUUUCUGCAGCUCAUCGCGGUAAAACAUUUCUAUCUUCUACAUCGUCCCAUUCUGCAGAACUCUGGGCUAGGUUCUGGUUCUGACCCACUUUUCUGGAGCUCCAGGUUACCGCAGGCACGCACAAAGUCUGCUCCGAACCGGAGAACGCCCUCAGCCAUGGAGUCUGAGAACCCAGGAGUAGCAGAACCCGCAGUUGAAUCCAAUGAGCAUGAUUACGCACACACCGCGGACACAACCGAACCUGAGGCAGGCGGAACGCUACAGCCCUCCGAACCCCCGCAGCUGGAGCUACCAGAACCCGUCCUCGGUGCAGAAGUGGACUGCCUCGGAGGCACCGAACCGAACCCUCACACCGAGGACGAGCCCGCUGUGAGCUGCGCCGAGGCGGUACCUCGCGGCAGUUCGCGGCGGUCCAGACGGCCGGAGGACCGGAACUGCUGCUGCUGCAGGCUGCUGUUCCAGCGGCAGGGCCGCUCCCUUAACCGAAGGGCGCUGUACACCUUCACUACCCCGGACACCGUCCGCUGGGUCUUCCCGGACUCCGAGGUCCACGAAAAGUCCUUCCUAUGUGAAACCUGUGCCCAGAUCAUCCGAACCAAGGGCAAGCGCAAACAGAGCGGGAAGCGCUCGCUGUGGGUCAAGCCGCCCGAGGUCAGGAAGGUGAAGGUGUCGCCAGCGCCGGGCCGCAGGAUGGGCAAGAAAAGCAAAGCGGCGCUGCUGGUUAGCAAGUCCAGCUACAAGGCGGCGAUGCAGAUGCUCUGGUCGUCCAAAGGCGCCCGGAAGCCCAUGCUGGAGUUCUGGAGCAAGCAGCUGCGGACCGAGAUGAAGGUUCUGGCCCGGCGGACAGACAGUCCCUUCCAGCAGAAGGUGUCGGACCGGAAGCCGCUGUCCUCCUUCCCUUGGCGGCACUGCCUGAGCUGGGCCCAGCAGAACGCACCGCUGGUCACGGCCUGUCUGCGCGCCAUGUUCCCCGACAUCAACACACUGUACCGGAGCAGCCACAGCCAGCUGACGGAGGAUCAGGCCAUCACGCUGCUGGAGCGCCGCGCUGUGGUAGCGCUCGCCAUCCCGCUUUUCACCAGGAACAUCUGGAGGAACAACUUCCUGCAGGCGGCGCUGGGGGCGGAGCUCCGGCUGCAGGGCUGCACCGGCUCUGUCCUGGACGCGCUCAACACCAUGGGGCUGUGCCAGAACAAGGACACGGUCCGGUUGCUGGUGCACCGGCUGUGCAACGGCAAAGACCUGGACGGGGAUCCGGGUCUGAUCCUGAAACACGAGCAGAUCAAGGAUGAAAUGGAGGAAGAGACGACAGAUGAGGAAGAGGAGGAGGAGGAGGAGGAUGAAGAGGAAGAUGAAGAUGAGGAAGAGGAGCAGGAGGAGGAGAUGGUGAUGGCGGUGGAAGAGGAAGUGGAGCAGGAAGAAGUUCAGGAUGGACUGCAGGAGGAAGAAGAGGAUGUGGUUGUGAUGGAGAAAGAGGAGCGGAGGAGGAGGAAGAGGGCGAGGAAGAUGAGGAGGGAGAAGAGGAAGGAGUGGCGGGGCGAGCGAAAGGAGAGAGAGGAGGAGGAGGAGGAGGAAGAUGAAGAGGAGCCGGAGCAGCAGAAGAAGAAGAAGGUGGUGGUGGUCCGGCUGGGCCUGCUGAAGGGAACCUCAGAGGUGGGACGAUCCGACCUAUCAGCUCCCUAGCACAUGCUGAGUCCCGCCCACAAACCCAACCUGGAGGGGCAGAGGCCCCGCCUACUUAGUGAUGAGAGGGAUUCUGGGAACUGUAGUCCAGCAGCUGGAGGGAAAAGAGGGGCCCUGAUGAUGGCCUCCUUCCUCUACCUGAAGAAGCCUCUGGUCCUUCCUGAGGUUAGAGGUCAGCUGGUGAAUGUUGACAGUUUUAACGUCUGUAGCUUUUUAUGAGGACAAUAAAGUGAUGCGUGUUGA